AUCACUGCGAGUCCGACCGGAAGUGAACCGAAAUAAGAGAGGCACGAACAGUUAGCGAACCUCUUCACAAAACAGGAAUCAUCAUGGCGGACACCUCACCGACUCUCACUGUAGGAGGAGACAGAACGACGGGACAGUCUGUGAGGACACAAAAUGUUCUUGCAGCUAGUUCCAUUGCAAACAUUGUCAAAAGCAGUCUUGGACCAGUUGGUCUCGAUAAAAUGUUGGUCGAUGACAUUGGAGAUGUAACAAUCACCAAUGAUGGCGCAACAAUCCUAAAGCUUUUGGAAGUUGAACACCCAGCAGCAAAGGUCCUUGUAGAACUAGCAGAACUUCAGGACCAAGAAGUCGGCGAUGGAACCACAUCUGUUGUGAUCAUUGCUGCUGAACUUCUAAAGAAUGCAGAUGAGUUGGUGAAAUGUAGGAUCCACCCCACCUCCAUUAUUAGUGGAUACAGACUGGCAUGCAAGGAAGCUUGCAAAUACAUUCAAGAGCAUUUGACCAUCAAUGUCGAGGAAUUAGGAAAGGAAUGCAUCAUAAACGCUGCCAAGACGAGCAUGUCUAGUAAAAUCAUAGGAUCUGAAUCAGAUUUCUUCUCUAAUAUGGUUGUGGAAGCUGCCAAUGCAAUCAAGACCUCUGAUGGUAAAGGAGGUUACAAAUAUCCAAUCAAAGCCAUCAAUGUUCUAAAGGCUCAUGGGAAAAGUUCUAAAGAAAGCACCAUGGUUCAUGGAUAUGCCCUCAACUGUACUGUAGCCUCUCAAGCUAUGACCAAAAAAGUAGUAGGGGCAAAGAUAGCUUGCUUAGACUUUAGUUUACAGAAGACAAAGAUGAAAAUGGGUGUUCAAGUUUUAAUAGAUAGUCCUGAACAAUUAGAUGGUGUACGACAAAGAGAGUAUGAUAUUACAAAGGAAAGGAUAGAGAAGAUUUUAGGAGCUGGAGCCAAUGUAAUUCUGACCACCGGAGGAAUUGAUGACUUGUGUCUGAAGUAUUUUGUGGAGGCCGGAGCCCUCGCUGUCAGGCGCUGUAAGAAGGUGGACCUCAAGAGGAUCGCCAAAGCUACAGGAGGUCAGUUAGUAAUGACCUUGGCUAAUCUGGAAGGAGAGGAGUCUUUUGAUGCCUCCAUGUUAGGAAGUGCAGAGGAAGUUGUUCAAGAACGUAUUUGUGAUGAUGAACUCAUUCUUGUGAAAGGACCAAAGGCUAGAACAGCAGCUUCUAUUAUCUUGAGAGGAGCUAAUGACUUUAUGUGUGAUGAGAUGGAGCGCUCUGUCCAUGAUGCCCUGUGUGUUGUGAAGAGAGUCCUCGAGUCCAAGUCUGUCGUCCCUGGGGGUGGAGCAGUAGAGGCUGCCCUGUCGAUUUACCUAGAAAACUUUGCCACCUCUUUGGGUUCAAGGGAACAGCUAGCUAUUGCUGAAUUUGCAAGAUCUCUGUUAGUAAUCCCUAAACAGCUAGGAAUAAAUGCAGCCCAGGAUGCUACAGACCUUGUUGCCAAAUUAAGGGCCUACCAUAACAUGUCUCAAACCAAGCAAGAGCACAAGGACCUUAGAUGGGUUGGCCUGGACCUGUAUCAAGGCACAGUAAGAGACAACAAAAAGGCUGGAGUAUUGGAGCCCGCAAUGUCCAAAAUCAAGUCCCUCAAGUUUGCCACCGAGGCUGCCAUCACCAUUCUGAGAAUUGAUGACAUGAUCAAGCUUGUGGACCAGGAAAGGGGGCGGGGCAAAACCUACCAGGACGCUCUCAAUGCCGGCGAGCUGUAAAUCCAUGAACAAACCUUAUCUGUAUAUAAAUCCAUGAACUGAUGAACAAUAGAAAAUCUAUACCCUUCAUUUUGCUAUGAUUGUGCUUGAUAAUGAAAAUAAAGUAACUUAUUCCUAAA